UCCUCCAAGACUAUUAGCCAGCCAAUCAAAUAUCCAAACAACUAAAAUAGGAAGAAAUUAUUCAAAUUAUAAAAUUAUGUAUUCAAAUUUAAAUUUUCUCUAAAAUACUUUAUUAGCAUUCUUGUUUACUAGGGAAAAUAUAAAAAUUAAAACUUUGCUCUAAAAAAUCAAACAUUAAUCUCCUUCAAUCGAAAAACCCACCUGCCAUUUUUGCUACUUUUGACUGUUCUUUACUAAUUCCCUCAACUUAUUGCUCAUUCAAACCUCUGUCAUCGUUUUCCAUAAACGGAAAUUCCUAUUUCUCUCUCCUUUUUUCCCCUUUUCCAAAACCCUAAUUUUGCAUCUUCAGGGCAUUCUUGAUCUGGGUCCAAUGAGGGGUUUUUGCUUCAGCAAUUUGUAGAGAUUGGUCAGUUGGGACCAUAAGUUAAUGUAAAGGGGGCUGUGGUUGGGAGAUGGCAGCUGAGGGAAAACGUUCGAAGGGACGCUUCCUCUAUUUGUUCGAUUGGAAUACUAAAUCCCGGAAAAAGUUAUUCUCUAACAAGUCUGAUUCAUCUGAUGUAGAAGGAUCUAUCCAAGGGAAGGAUAGUGUUGACAAUUUGGCCAUUUCUCAGUAUUUAUUGAGGGAGCUAUCAGAGAAUUGCGAUCAUUCUUCUUUCAGAGGAAGUGGUAAUUAUAGUUCCACAUCAUCUGUAAAUGGGGAUGAUGGAUAUGGAACAAAAGCCCCUGGGGUGGUUGCCCGACUUAUGGGAUUGGACUCUAUGCCUACCACAGCGUCAUGCGAGGCAAGUUCUUUUGCAUCUUAUGAACCUCGUGCUAUUGGGAGCUCUUAUUAUCAUGGAGGUGAUACUCCAUAUGAAUUUGAGCAACACAUUAUGGGCUAUAGCUACGUGCCUAACAAAGUAGAGGGUAACCCUUGGAAAUCAGCGGAUUCAAGAAUGAGGAAGGUUCAUGGCCGGCCAAUUGAGAGAUUUCAAACUGAGGUAUUGCCUCCAAAGUCGGCCAAACCAAUUUCAAUCACUCAUCACAAGCUCUUGUCACCAAUCAAGAGUCCAGGCUUUGUACCUACAAAGGAUGCAGCUUAUAUUAUGGAGACAGCUGCAAGAAUUAUUGAUUCUUCUCCUCAGCCUACUGGGAGGACCAAAGUCUCAUCUCUGGGGUCUCCUUCAUCAUCCUUUAGGUAUCAAGAUCUAAAAGAAAAAAUUGAAGCUGCACAGAGGUCUUCUAGACUACCUGAAUCCCCCAAGACACCUAAGCUGGCUGCUCCUGUACAUCAAGUGAGAGGAACUACUUCUGAAAGGUCUACUCGAAAGUCUUUGUUUAAAAAUAUUAUGAGUUCACAAGCAAGUGGUUCAGAAAAAGCAAAAAAUAAAGCUAAGUCUGUUCCUUUGCCUGUCCAAGAUAAAGCCAAUGUGCAGAAAAAAAUUGGUUCAGCAUAUAGUGACAGCAGGAGUCAGCAGCAGGAGCGUAAGAAGCUGAAACAGAAAGAGCCAUAUACCCAAAAGGUCAAUUCAACUAGGACGCCAAGGAAGAAGAGUUCUAGUGUGCUUAGACAGAACAACGAGAAGCAGAAUAGUGUCUCUCACAAAGACCAAUCAACUGCCAAAACUUCACACUCUGAUCAGCAACCUAGAAAGUUACCUCCAGGAGAUAGCUCUGCAGGUCCAAGUAAAAUUGUAAGUAAAAUUUUUGUGAAUGCUGAAAAUGGAUCAAAGAAGGUUGCAACAACUCGUUUAAUGGACCGGAGACCUCCAGUGAAUGGUGUUAGUGAAAAGAGGCCCUCACUGAAUAGAAUGAAAAAAAUAUCAAGAAGCAAGCAGCUUUCUGCCAAAGAUAACAAUUCAAGUGAGAAAGUGCUAGAAAACUGUGAUGAGAAAGCUGCACAACGUGAUCUAGCACUUCAAAGCAGUUCAAGGAAGGACAUGGAUGUAAUUUCCUUCACUUUCACCUCUCCCAUAAAAAAAGCUGUAUCUCAGUCCUCUCCAUCUACAACUGAAGCCAUUAGAAGCAAUCAUCAUCAUCUUUGUGCUGAUUCUUAUGAUAAUGCCCAAUCUGAUACACAUUCAUUAUCACCACAACAAGGGCUAAAAUUAAUUGAUAGUGGUUCUUUAAGCCUUCUUUUGGAGCAAAAGCUCAGGGAAUUAACUGAUAAAAUUGGGUCAACCAAAUCUGAUCUUAUGAUGGAAUGCUCUGAUACAAACAGUAUAUCUUGCUUGUCUGAGUCAAUUUUGUCACAAGAUGCUGUCGGUCCUUCAAUUGAUCAUGAUGGUUGGUCUGAUGAAGAUCAAACAAGUGCUACAUGUGAUGAUGAUUUAUCUUCAUCUAUGAUAGCUAAAGCAAGCCAGAAUUGGGAGGAUUAUGGAGGUCCUGAAGAGCAGAGUGCUAGCAGUACUAACAGAUUUGAAGCGAGCGGAGAAUCUCAUCGUGAACAUUUUAAUAUCUCAAAUCCAGAAUGUUCAAUGUCCGGAAGUUGGAUGUCAUCAACUACUGCAAGUGAUGUCACUCAUGGAAAUUAUCAGCCUUCAUCUCCUCGAUCUCAGGAAGUGACUAGUUGCGUGUCGAGUGAAAGUAUCCAUCCCAGGGAAGAUGAGUCGGAUUUUAUUGAUGCAUCUUAUUGGGAACUAGAAUAUGUAAGACACAUGCUUCACUAUGCUGGAUUGAAAAGAUUAAGGUUGGAUGAAGGUUUCGACAUUAUAGAUCCUGAUCUCUUUGACCUGUUGGAAAAUUUGAUAAGUACAUCAGGCAGAACUGCAGAACCAUGUUCCAAGCUUGAUCGGAGAAUUUUGUUCAACUGUGUUACCGAAAGUGUUAAUGCAAAGUACCAACGGGCUUUCCUUGGGAGCUUCAAGUCAUGGGAGAAUUGGGGAAUGCUGCUUCAAAACGAGUGGCUGACUGAAGAAGUGUAUAAAGAGGUUUUAUGUUGGCAAAACAUGGGAAAUUUAAUGGUGGAUGAGCUUGUGGACUUGGACAUGAGUAUUCAAUUAGGUAGGUGGUUGGAUUUUGAAAUUGAAUCACUUGAAGAGGGAAUUGACAUUGAGAAAGAGAUAGUAGAAUCUUUGAUCGACGAGCUUGUUGCUGAUCUAACUGUAUAGAGGCAAUCUAGAUAGUAAGCUUAUUUAACCCAUCCUAACCCUUUUGUACAAUUUUUAGAAGAACAGAUCAUUUAGUUUAUCCUACAUCUCUCUUAAUGGUAAUGUGGUAGAUGAAUUAAUUCUUUUGAAGAAAUUCGCUCAAUGCAAAUGGCAUCAUUUUCUAUU